UUGUGUUGGUGAAGAAGCGAGUGCGUUCAGCUGGGGGAGCUGGUGCUGUGCUGUGCUGUAGUAUAGUGUGUGUAGUGAGCUGUGGACAACAUCUGUCCGGGACUCCAUCUGUAGACGUGAAAGUGGAAUUUUCCGACGGGUUUUGAAGAUGUGUACCCUUUGCUGUUUAUCUCAGCUGGCCUGCUGCUGCGGCGCGGCGCCCUGCUCGCUGUGCUGCAACUGCUGUCCCAAGAUCAAGCAAUCCACAGGGACACGCUUCAUGUACGCGCUCUACUUCAUGCUGGUCACCAUCACCUGCGUGAUCAUGAUGUCGCCCACCGUGGAGAUGCAAAUGCGUGAUAACAUUCCACAUUACUCUGAGAUUUGUAAAAAGCUGAACGCCGGAGAGAACUGCAGCGCUCUGGUCGGCUACUCGGCCGUCUACAAGGUCUGUUUUGGCAUGGCGUGCUUCUUCUUCUUCUUCUCCAUACUCACCAUUCGAAUUCAGAGCAGCACAGGAUGCCGGGCGGCCGUACACAACGGAUUCUGGUUCUUGAAGUUUUUGGCUUUGCUAGCCUGCUGUGCAGGAGGCUUCUUCCUACCGAAUGAAGACAAGUUUCUCGAAGUGUGGCGUUAUGUGGGAGCUUCCGGGGGUUUCCUCUUCCUCCUAAUCCAGCUCAUGCUCCUGGUUCAGUUUGCUCACAGAUGGAACCAGAACUGGAGUUCGGGUGUAGACCACAACAAGCUGUGGUAUGCAGCGCUGUCCUUUGUCUCGUUGGUGCUCUUCUCCGUGGCAGUGGGGGCUCUGGUCUUUAUGGCCAUGUACUACACGCAUUCUGAGGCCUGCUUCCUCAACAAGGUCUUCCUGGGGGUGAACUCGAGUUUAUGCUUCAUCGUGUCACUGCUGGCUAUUUCACCCUGCAUUCAGACAUUCCAACCGACUUCAGGCCUGCUCCAGCCAGCUAUCAUCAGCGUCUACGUCAUGUACCUCACCUUCUCAGCCCUGUCUAGCAAGCCCAUAGAAACGGUGGAGUAUGAUGGAAAGAACCGUACCGUCUGCACCUUUCCUUUGUCCGGAUCAGACGGCGACAGAAAUAUAGCGACGGGAGUAGGAACGGCCAUUUUGUUCGGCUGCGUGCUUUAUUCAUGUUUGACCUCGACGACCAAGAGGAACUCGGCAGUGUUACGAGUGUACAGAAACUCCAUGCAAGAGAAUGAGAGGGCACGUUGCUGCUUCUGCUGCACUGACUAUGCCGAUGACUAUGAUGAGGAGGAGAAGAGUGCAGGAGGACAGAAUGUCAUUUAUGAUGAGAAAGAGGGCACCGUCUACAGCUACUCCUACUUCCAUUUCGUCUUCUUCCUCGGCUCGCUCUACGUCAUGAUGACGGUCACGAAUUGGUUCCAUUAUGACAAUGCUAAGAUCGAGAGGUUGUUGGAAGGGAGCUGGUCAGUGUUCUGGAUCAAGAUGGCGUCAUGUUGGGUUUGUCUCUUCCUCUACAUGUGGACCCUGGUGGCCCCCAUGCUCUUCCCAAAGAGGUUUGAAGCAUAAAGGCAGAUUCCAAAUACAUCCCGUCUAUCCUACCAGUCAAACGUUCUGUAGAUUUUAUGUUACUGUUCCUUAAGAGUUCAACUGCCUGACACCUUAAAUACAGAUCGAUGGAGAUUUGUUACUUGUAUUAGUUUUGAUGUCAUUCCGAAGGAAAAUGGAAACCAAGGUAUGAAAGCAAAGCAUUGCUCAGGCUCACUUCACUGUUACUGUAUUGCGUGUUACAUGUGCAUUUUUUUGAUAGAUAAAGUAUUCUAUGCAAGUCAACCAAGAGCAUGCGUUUAAUUCCAACAUUAUGUAUAUUUUUUUUUUGCCUUUUUUUUUUUUUUUUUUUUUUUUUUUAAACGUUACCUUGUGUUUUGACUUCCGUGUUUAUAUGACGUUUUUAUUUUUAUACACAGUUCACACCAAAAUAAUAGAUAGCUGUGAAGAACAUUUAUUUUACAGUGUAUUAGCUAUGUCUUAGCCUAAUAGAAUAUAAUGAUUGUUGGGGAAAGCAAACAUUCCUGGAGCACUCUCCCUUUAAUUUUAGGCUUGGAGAAUUUUAAGCUUCUGAACAAUGUCGCGCAGUAAAGAAAAUGACUCUUUCAUAUUGGAGUGUCUAUACAUUUGGGGGGGUAAAUCCGAAGGUUCUUGCAAAUACAGUUAGCUUAGUGGUGAUGGUGGCGAUCAUCUUUUAGUGCUGUGGUGUUUUGCUUUGUUUGUUUGUUUGUUUGUUUGUUUUUGUUUUGUUUGCUUUUUUUUUUUUUAAACAUUUUUUUUUUUAAAAUUACAUCCAAAUGUGCCUUGGAUGCUCUAAAUUAUUUGAACGUAUUAGAGCCAUACUCAUGCUCUAGACUUGCAUUUACUCAUCCCAGUGUAAAUAAGUUGCAUUUCACACUACACUACUUGUGUGACACUGCCAUGUAAAGUCAGGUUAUAAUGAAAAUUUGUAAGUCAGAUUUGAUCAUUUGUAAUUAGUCAGAAAUUGUUGAAAUAAGGAAGUUGAAGUGUUUCUUAGUUUAAGCAUACAGUUUAGCUGUACCCUUUAAUCUUAUGUUGCAUCUGCUUUUAUAUGUUUAUGAUGUUUAUCAUGAGAAACAUGUGUGAAACUAAAUAUUGAACUGGAUUUCUUUUAAAAGUUCAAAUGUGGUGUGUUUGGGUUGUUUUUUUUUUUUUUUACAAUUCUAAAAUAAUGACUUCUUUUGCUUUUCAUUUAACACGCAUGUAGCAUGUUGGUUUGGAUUUGAACAUUGGCAUUGCCUCUAACAAUCAAAAAGGAAGUAAAGAUUUGUCAUCUUGUGCUGUUUGCCUUAAA